AUGAGUCAUCGCGAGACAUCAAAGAAAGCUCAAGAACAGUACCCCCCAGCACCAUCCGUCGAGGUCGAUGACGCUGCAGUCGAGAACGACAAUACCGAGGGGUUUCGUCAAGACACCAUCGACCCAUACUUAGCCUACGAACGAAUGGCAGGGUUGCGUCUGGAUAACGAGGAAGAAGAGAAUAUGAAUGAUGCCAGUCCCGAUGAUUCGGAAUCCACUACUGAAGGACAUAAGCACGAUGAGCAUUAUGAGCUACCAUCACUGCCUUCAAUCCAAUUUCGUUCUGUAGCAGUUGGGCCAUCACAGCGUCCACAGGCUCCGCGUCAGUACAGCGCAGUCCCUGUACCACCGCCUCCCACCAUUAUCUUGAAAAACGUUUCGCACACCGCCCCAGUCGUCUCGCUACCCGUGACUGAAGCCGAAGCUUGGUCUCAGUUCCUUGGAAAGGCUCCCAGAGAUUUCGUCCCACGUCGUCCACAUUAUUGUCAACCAGGACAUGCCUCCACCAAUGGCUACUUUGAAAGCUUGUACCCGAGAAGUGCCGUAUCAGAUGGCUACUCCUAUAGUCGCAGUGCUGGAGGUGUGGGUCAUAUUGCACAUCCUCACCACACCAUGCCAGCGAGGAACCGUGGACCGAACGGACGAGUUCCGAUUGCUAUGCUACGUGCUGUCGAUAGGGAUCUGGCUCUUCGAGAGGAACCAAUUGAGCUAUUCGAAAUGUGGGCCGAUACUUUUAGCAGGAGUAGAAGAAUUGAGGAAGACGUAGUGACCUUGAGAGAAAGACUUCGCCUGCUGCAUCAGUUUUACUAUAGACAGUACGCAUCACCAUAUUAUCUUCCGCUUGAUGCCCAGCCAUACCAGCACCAAUAUAAACGAAGCACAUCCGCAAGGGUGCAAAUAAACACCUCACAUGACUGGGUGUGUAUGAGCGAUAAUCUUCACAACGAUAUGCGAGCGAUGAUGGAGGAUAUGAAGACAAGGACAAAGCAGUGGCAAGAAGAAAGAGAGAAAAUGCGCGAAGAACGACAAGGGGGAGAUGCUUAA